AUGGAAAAUGGAAGUAUAGACAGCAAAAUCCAUGGUGAAGUGAUAGAAACAGUUUCGUCCUUUUAACACAAGAGAAAAGAACAAAAAAAAAAAAGCCUCCGUAAAAAUAAAAAAAAAUAAUAAUAAUAGCCAAACCUCUGAUUUCCUUUUCUCUAUUUCAGAUCCUCCCAGAUGCUCAAAUCCUCUUCUCACCUCAACUACUUUCUCAAUUUCCCUUUUUGCCCUUCCAACCACCACCACCGUCAUCGCUACCGUCGUCGUCGUCGCAGAUUUCUAUGUAUAACCAAGCCCUUUUCAUAUUAGGUUUUUCUGGUUCGGACCUCAUCCUCGGCGCCGGCUAAUUUUAAGUGGAGUACAAUAGAAUAAAAGUUAUUGGGUAAGAAAUGCUGGUUUCUGGUUCUCUAGGGUUCGACGUCGUCGUUUUGGUGUCCCUUCUUGUUGUCUUUUUGAUAAUCCGGCAUAAAUUGAGGAAUGCGGCGGCGAGGAAAGAGGAAGUUACGAGGUUACUCGAGAUGGUCUCUCAUGAAACCGCCUAUGUGGAAGCUCAGGCCACCGUGGAGUACGGUUACUAUCCCAAGUUCCAGUGUGCUGUUUGCUUUGCCCCUACCACCACCCGCUGUUCUCAGUGCAAAUCUGUUCGUUACUGUUCUGGCAAGUGUCAAAUAGUUCACUGGAGACAAGGCCACAAAGAUGAAUGUCACCCUGCAACUGAUUUUGCGGCUAAAAAACAGUCUGGAAUUCAGAGCUAUGGUUCUGAGGUGGAAAGUGCAUUUAAGAAAUCUUCCAACCCUUCAUCAGUGGUUGAAAAUGGUGAUGGUAAUCUUAAGCCUCGUGCAGAUGCCAUAGCAACACAUAGUGCUUUUGCUCCAUCCAGUUCCUCAUCAUUAGCUGGUGUGAGCCCAUCUUGUACCAGUAGUGAGUCAUUGGUUGAUGUUUCUCCCAGCAGGACUCUUAUGUCUGGCCAUAAUGACAAGUUAGGUAGGCAGCUUUCUGAUGAUAUCGCCAAUGGUAUACCUAAAAGCAGGGCAUCUGCUAAGAACAUGAAAGAAGCUAUCUCACCUUCAUCAGAGUCUAAUAAUCUGAGUAAAUUAAAUAAGAAGAAAUCCAGUCAUGAAGAAGUUGAAUUCAGAAGGCAGUUGACUAAGAGCAAUAAUCUCAUGCAUGAUGGUGCCCAUCCUACAAAAGCUGCCUAUAACAAGUCAACCGGUGCUGUUUCAUCUGAAUUCUUAGUUACUGAUGCAUCCAAGAAAAGUAACUUGACAUCUCUGAGCUCUUCGAGGCCUAGAACUGUAAUUAGUGAUAGAGAAGAUGACCUGCUACUUCAUGAAAGUAAACACUUCACAACUUCCUCAUGUAGUACUUCUGGUAAUCAUUCAUCUUCUGCUGCUGGAGGGCAUUCUGUUCACAGUUCCAACUCGGGCUUGCCUGCAAAAAGUAAUGCUGCCCCUACCUUGCCACAGACUACAAGUAAUGGCUUGAGAAUGUCCUUGCGGAAGGUUGUACAGCAGAUUAAAACCUCCAAACAGUCUAAAUCCCAUCUUUUUGGUUUUGGUAAUGAGGGUGACAAAAAACACAAUUACAAGAUAAUCUUUCCAUAUGAACUAUUCAUGGAACUGUACUCUUAUGAUGCAGUGGAACUAUGUCCAUUUGGACUUAAUAAUUGUGGAAACAGUUGUUAUGCUAAUGCUGUCCUUCAGUGUUUGGCUUUUACUCGGCCACUUACCUCAUACCUUGUCAAAGGACUCCACUCCAAAGCAUGUCGAAAAAAGGAGUGGUGCUUCAUCUGUGAGUUUGAAUGUUUAAUUUUGAAGGCAAAAGAAGGGGAGUCCCCUUUGUCCCCAAUCCGGAUAUUAUCCAAAAUACAAAAAAUUGGAAGCAAUCUUGGUCCUGGGAAGGAAGAGGACGCCCAUGAAUUUUUGAGGUAUGCAGUUGAUGCAAUGCAAUCUGUUUGCCUCAAGGAAGCAAGGGCUGCAGGUCCACUGGCUGAAGAGACAAGUCUAAUCGGACUAACUUUUGGAGGUUACCUUCAUUCGAAGAUAAAGUGCAUGAAGUGUCUUGGUAAAUCUGAGCGGUAUGAGAGGAUGAUGGAUCUAACUGUUGAGAUUGAUGGGGACAUCGGAAGUCUGGAGGAGGCACUUGCACAGUUUACAGCUAGAGAAAUCUUGGAUGGAGAGAACAAAUAUCAUUGCAUUAGGUGCAAAUCUUAUGUAAAAGCAAGAAAGAAGUUGACGGUAUUAGAGUCACCUAAUAUUCUUACCAUUGUUUUAAAGAGGUUCCAGUCUGGUAAUUUCGGGAAGUUAAAUAAGUCAGUUCAAUUUCCUGAGGUCCUUGAUUUGGCCCCAUAUAUGAGCGGAUCAAGUUCGAAGGCGGUCAUAUACAAUCUCUAUGCUGUGGUUGUUCACUUGGAUGUUAUGGAUACUGCCUUUUCAGGCCAUUACGUAUGUUACGUGAAGAGUUUCCGAGGGGAAUGGUUCAGGAUUGAUGACAGCACGGUAAUACCAGUGUCAUUGGAGAGGGUCUUGCUCGAAAGGGCAUACAUGCUCCUCUAUGCGAGGCGCUCCCCAAUGGCACCAGCUUUGGUGAGAAAAAAUCUCGACUCUCAUAGUUUUAAACACAGGAAUUUGGAAGCUGUUCCUUGUAGCCAAAACACAUCCAAGUCAAGAUCCGACUCUAAUUUUUCAAAGUUGAAUCCCUCAAUAUCACAACGUAAACAUAAGUAUCAUCCUCCAAUGCAAAGAAUUCCUUCAGCUGAUUCAUCGAGUGAGAGUUCUUCCAUUUUCAGCGGCUCCGAUGCAAGUUCGUGCAGCACUACAAGCACUAAGGGCUCUUCCAGGAGUGAAGACUUCUCAGAUUAUUUAUUUGGAGAAACGGGACCUGAAUGGUACAACCAAAAUGGAAUUUCAUCAGAAACAGCUGCCUCGUCCUCCUAUCAUGGUUUUGACACAGAUUCGGGGGCGGAGAUGGAUGGCCACGCGCGGUCACUGACAUUUUUGUACACUGACUCAAUUAGACAGCAUUGGAAUAGUAAUGGUAGAGCCUCGGACUUUGAGCAAGGAGGCUGGUCUAACCCGUAUGAUGUAAGAUCAUCGGGUAUUUCAUAUAGAAGAGCAAGCGUCGACGGAUCGACUCAAACGUUUUAUUGAGGUUUGAGUUGACACAUAAUAAAUAAAAUAAGAUCCAUCUUUCAGUUAUUAA